AUGCCUGCUGUCAACUCAAAACCGUUCCGCAUCCAAAAUCUGCCAGAUAAGGUUCUGCAAUCAGUUGUUGGUCUAAUGGAUAUUGGGACAAGACUCUCCCUUGUCGUGACUUCUACCAAGACUGAAAACAUGAUGCUCCAACUCGAAUAUCCCAAAGAGUUCAUCCACAACAUUCUUUUCGACGAGCAACCCAAUCUGUACAAAGCAGAUAUCUCUGUGCUUCCACAUUGCCACAGCCCCGACAGCGUGAAGUUUAACUGUGGUCGAAACAAGAAGAAGAAGCAACCGCUUCCAUCGGCAUACUAUAAUUUGAUUGCUAAAUGGUCCGGAAGAAACACUUCUUAUAUUGACCGUAUGCAAAAUGUAUAUCGGAAGAUCAACAUAUUGCUCCCGUCACAUGUCAUGAAUUUGUUCCUGGGAAAGCUCAAGACAGUCGAUGCCCAGAAAAUAAUGGCGGCCGAGGAGUUCAGCGAUUGGUACCGGGUCAGAUCUUUACCUGGCAUCAAACCCGAGACAAUCCGUUGCGUUUUGGACAAGGCGGAUUUGAACAAGCAAUUUUGUUUCGAUGAGGAAGAGGAGCUUCCUCUCGAUUUUGCACAUCCGAAGGCCUUCCAGUUUGAACACUCCAGUUUCCACGAUGCACGUUGGGUCAAGAUGCCACAACUCCUUACCAUCAAAGAUGUCUAUGAAGUUAGAUUGGGUCACUCCAACUUCUGCUGCAAGGACAUCGGAGUUCUUUUGCGUAGAAUGUUAGAGAGCGAACAUCACAUGUGCAAAUUCUUCAGUGUGACAUUUGCUGGUCCAUUCCAGUUGGCGGAUGUGAUACAGGGAGUGGUGACGGUGAAACGGAGAUCCAAUCCGCUUAUGUUUCUCGUAUCCCCCCGCACUAAAAACGCUGCAAAAAUUGGGUACCUUACAGUACAUCUAGACGAUAGCUCGCUGACAAUAGCUGUCACUAACGACCGAAAUCAAGAAACUGAAACUCGAAAGUAUAUGGAGCUUUUCAAAAAGGAAAUCGAUUUAAAUGCGGCGCUGAAGAAUAUGUCCAUCAGCGAUUCGAAGAUGAAGAAAAUGAGAAAGUUUGAGAAAAUGCUUGAUGCUGAGAAAAAAGAGGCCACUCAAGCGAUGCUGAGAUAUUGGAACACGCCAAGGGAAUAA